AUGGAUGAAGAAUACGAUGUCAUUGUGCUUGGUACAGGACUGACAGAAUGUAUACUGUCGGGUCUGCUGUCUGUCGAGGGCAAGAAGGUCCUGCAUAUGGACAGGAAUGACUAUUAUGGCGGCGACAGCGCGAGCUUGAAUUUGACCCAGUUGUAUCGCAAGUUCAGACCCGACCAGAGCCCUCCCUCUGAGCUUGGACGUGACCGCGACUAUGCCGUCGACCUCAUUCCAAAGUUCAUCAUUGCAUCUGGCGAGCUUACCAGGAUCCUCGUUCACACCGAUGUUACCCGCUAUCUUGAGUUUAAGCAGAUCGCCGGUAGCUUCGUCUAUCGCGAUGGCAGGAUUUCAAAGGUUCCCAGCACAGAGAUGGAGGCAGUUCGGAGUCCUUUGAUGGGACUCUUUGAAAAGCGACGCGCCAAGAAGUUCUUUGAGUUUUUGCAGAGCUGGAAGGACGAGGAUCCGUCCACUCACCAAGGUAUUGAUCUUGACAAGGAUACAAUGAAAACUGUUUACGACAAGUUUGGCCUGGAGCCCGGAACACAGGAUUUUAUUGGUCACGCCAUGGCCCUUUAUUUAGAUGACGACUACAUCACAGAAACAGCACGCCCAACUUACAACAGGAUCGUGCUUUAUACGUCCUCAAUGGCCCGUUACGGAAAAUCCCCAUACAUUUACCCCCUGUACGGCCUCGGCGAACUGCCGCAGUCCUUUGCCCGUCUCAGUGCUAUCUAUGGAGGCACAUACAUGCUCGACAAGACCAUUGACGAAAUUGUCACUGAUGCGGAUGGUAAAUUCGUUGGGGUGACCAGUGGUGGAGAGACGGUCAAGGCCAAGCAAGUCAUCGGCGACCCAAGCUACUUUGGUGCUGGAAAGAUCUCAGAAGGAGGCAAAGUUCGAGUGAUAGAGGAAGGCAAGGUUGUCCGAGCCAUCUGUUUCCUGAAGCAUCCCAUACCCGGUACCGAGGACAGCGACAGUUGUCAGAUCAUCAUCCCUCAAAACCAGGUUGGACGACGAAAUGAUAUUUACAUUGCGAUGGUUUCUUCUACUCACAACGUUUGCGCUAAGGACAUCUAUGUUGCUAUCGUCAGCACCAUCGUUGAGACGGACAAGCCCGAGCUGGAGAUCGCCCCUGGUCUGAAACUUCUCGGUACCAUUCAUGACAAGUUUGUCUCUAUCACCCCGCUGUACACACCAACAUCUUCCGGUCAAGGCGACAACAUCUUCAUCACUCGUUCUUAUGAUGCUACCUCUCACUUUGAGACUGUUGUCGAGGACGUCCAAGAUGUUUGGAAGCGUGUCGUUGGAUCUGACCUUGUUCUCAAGAAACGAGAGGUUGAAGUAUCGAACUAA